CAGUAUCUUGCCCGUUUCUAUCAGCCAUUCCUUUACUUCUCUUCCUCUCACACCAACAAUCAGCCUCUUGUAGCUUCGGCCAGCACUCUCUCGCUAACGUUCCUUCCGUCUUAUCAUGGCUGUUCCGCACGCCGACGUUGGCGAAAGCACUCCACUCCUGCCGAAUGGGUCCGUGGGGACAUCAGCACAUCGAUCGUUUUCGGAUGUGCUCAAGGGUCGCGGCGAACCGUCCUGGUCGACUUCGCUGCGGUUCUACUUGUUCAGCUCUUGGAGUAAUGCUGUCCUCAUUUUCGUGCCUCUCAGCGCGGCGGCCCAUUAUGCUCAAUGGGAUGCUGGUGCCAGAUUCGCUCUGAGUUUUAUGGCUAUCGUACCCCUUGCAAAGCUUCUCGGCGAGGCUACGAAUCAACUUUCCAUCAAGUUAGGCCAGACACUGGGAGGUCUUUUGAACGCCUCUUUCGGAAAUGCGGUUGAGAUCAUUGUUGCUAUUGACGCACUCUUGCAUGGACAGCUAAGGAUUGUCCAGACCUCGCUCCUGGGAUCUAUUUUGUCGAAUCUGUUGCUUGUACUCGGCAUGUCAUUCUUUGCGCAGGGCGUAGCGAACGGGCACGGUGCUGAGGGCACCUUCGGAGCGACUGCCGCUCAAACGUCAACGUCGUUGAUGACGCUUUCAUGCCUCACCCUGGUUAUCCCGGCUGCUUACCAUGCUGCCAAGUUCACCGGCGAUGAUCCUCUUGACCCUGUGCGAACGGUCUGGCAACGAGACAGUCUUUCUGGCACCUACGGUCGACCGCUUGACGGUUUGCUUGUCAUCUCUCGAGGCACUGCCAUCCUUUUGUUGUUGACCUAUUUCGCCUACCUCUUCUUCCAAUUCUGGACCCACAAGGAAUUGUUUGAUGAAGUCAAACAGCAGGAAGGUGAGGAUGAGCGCGCGAGCAUGAGCAUGAUUUCAGCCGGAGCGUGUCUCGUCGCGGUUACUGUAAUCACUUCAUUCUGUGCAGACUUUUUGGUCGCCUCGAUUGAAGAAACUGCUGAGAACUAUCACAUACCCAAGCCUUUCAUCGGAGUGGUACUACUGCCUUUGGUUUCCAACGCUGCUGAGCACGUCACCAGUGUUUGGAUGGCCACAAAGUCUAAAAUGGAGCUCGUUAUUGCCAUUAGCAUCGGAAGUUCCAUCCAAAUUGCUACUUUUGUUAUUCCACUUCUUGUCAUCAUAGGCUGGGCGGUGGGGCAACCUUUGUCCUUAUUUUUUGCUGACUUUGAGACGAUUAUUCUUUUUGUUUCUGUCCUGCUUGUGAAUCUUCUCAUCCAGGACGGGAAGAGCAAUUAUAUGGAAGGCCUCAUGUUGAUAAUUCUUUAUGCAGUCACCGCGCUAGCCUUCUGGGUUUCCUGAUUUCUCGCCAAAAAUGCAUCACUCUUAUCGUCUGCACCUGUGCCUAGUACGUUACCUAGUAGCAAUGGUCGCAAACACCCUAUUCCAGAAGUCUCUUGUUGAGACGCGCACGGGUGUGAGGAACCCUGAAUGAAAUUCCUUUCCG